AUGCCGUCCACGAAAAAGCAUACAGCGGAAUCUUCGCUGAAGCAGGACCUCUUUCCCUCUUAUGGCGCCAACAUCCCGGUCACAGAAUGCCCCGGGUGGUCGACAAGGCACCUCUGGGCGUUCAUGAAGACACUCAGGUCCGGCUCCUCGAUUGGCGCCGCCGUCCUACAGAAGAACGACUAUGUGGUCGCCCUCGCCCUCGCCUCUGUCGACCGCGUACUCAUCGUCAAGAAACCAGAGGGCUGUAAAGAUGGACCUGUUCUACCUCUGUUCCAAAAGCUGGAGUCCGCCCUCUUCUCGCAAGGACGCCGCGUCUUCGUGCUUGACGGAGACAAGUUCGCUCUUAUCAUCCACCAUGACCUGAACAUCCGAAUAGGAAACUGCGUCGAUCUCCUCUCCGUGUCCGGCGGGGAUAGGGCUCUCAAAUGGUCUUACGUGGCGGCUCUUGGAGGCAACGGGGUUGUCAACGUCGACGCGGUGAAGAGGAUGAUGUCGAGAAUUCGAGGCAAGCAGAAGAUGGAGGAUAUAGCGCUACAAGCCUGGGCAACAGCGUACGCAGGACAGUUACCCUCGAUGAAGACUCCCAUUCAGACCGUCGAGCGUAUCAACACGCAUCUCUUUGAGUCUUCGGUGCGUCGUUCCUCAGUGCCCGUUCGUGAUGAGUCCUGA